AAACACAAAACCGUAGUCUUUCAUUCCGUGCUGGGCACAUCAAACAAUUCAAGAGGGAGAAAGUUUUGGAUUCCGUUUGAAGUCUGCGUCAAUACUCAAUUCAUUCAUUCCACUUCUGUCGUCGCUCAUAGUUUCGCCGAUCUCCACCGUCUCAUCAAUUCUUCCCUUAUUCUUGGGUCAAACCCAAAAUUAAUUUUUAAUUCAAGUAAUAAUUCACAUCAACAUUCUUGUCCCAUCGCAUGAUCACACUUUCUUUCAUCUGUUUCCGCUUCUGGGUUCUCCUCUUCCUUUCCUGGGUCGGGGUAUUUUGAAAAAAAAAAAUUGAUUUUUUUUUAUCAAUUGAUGUAUAUUGUUGGUUGAAGUGAUGCUGGACUUCAGGGAAAGUUCCACUGUAAAGGGGUCACUCGGGUUUUGGGGUUUGGGUUUUUGGGGUUAAUUUUGCGGUGGUCAAGAUGCAACGCAAUAGUACUGCUGAGUUGGAGGAAGGAGAGGCUUUCUAUUGUUAUGAGGAUGAGGAUGAUGACAACAUUGACCUUGAUUCUCUCUCUUACAUUGAUGAGAGGAUUCAGCAUGUUCUGGGUGAUUUCCAAAAGGAAUUUGAAGGAGGUAUUUUUCCCGAGCGUUUGGGUGCAAAAUUUGGUGAUUAUGGCUCCUUUUUACCCACCUAUGAACGCUCGCCUCGGUUGCGAUCAGGUCCAAAGGCUCCAGAAAAACCCAAUAGUUCACAAAAAAUUCCCAGCAAUAUCCACACCACGGCUGCAAUUUAUAACUCAAGAGCACCUCCAAAUACGACUCCUUCCACGAGGCUUGGAACUGCUUCCCCUAUUGUUCUUCCAUCUCGAGAUACAGGAGUGCCUUCAGAGAAGAACACAGGAAUUUCCUCGAAUAGAGUAACAGGGAAAUGUAGUUUGAAAGAGGACUUUGCAAAUAAGGCAGAAAAGUUGACCAACCAAAGAACGCCACAAAUCAAAGUAAAAUCAGAUAGCUUAGCAAAAAAGAAUGCUGCAAUUUACAGUGGACUUGGGCUUGAUGACUCUCCAUCCUCUUCGACAGAAAACAGCCAAAAGGAAAGUGAAGAUUCGCCACACUUAUCUCAAGAGAUGCCUGAAGAAUCUUGCACAAGCAUUAUUCAGGUUAUGACUUCUUUCACUAUCCCUGGAGGUGUGCUAAUAUCACCUCUACAUGACAGUCUACUCAACUUGAUUAGAAAGGGAAAAGGCCUUGGAGACAGUAGACCCAUGUCUUCUCUUAAUGGUCAUCAGGAGCAUUAUUCCAUGUCUACUGAUGAAUCAGAUUCCUUGGUUGGGGAUUCACAUUUGUUGAAGAAAAGGAAACUGACAGUGGUAGACCAAAGUGAAAAGCAUCAUAUGAAUGGUAACUGUUAUGAGAACGACAUGACAUUUCAUACGAAGAAAAGAUUAGCAAAUACAACUCCAGAUCGUAAGGACUUUCUGUCUAAUGGUCUGAGAUGCACACCACUGUCAAGUUCAAUUUGUGAUGCUGGUGAAACAGCAGAAGUCGCUGGUAAGGCUAUUGAAGUAUCCAAGGAGGUCAAUAAAAAUGGUGUGGAAUGUAGAAUGGGUUCCAUAGAAGCAGUGAAGGAGGUUUCAUUGGAGUCAAUAUCUGAUCAGGAUUUUGACAAGGUUGUGAAACGAAAUACAGGAAGUAGCUUUGGGAAAAAAGUGUUAGAGCAUAAAAUGGAAAUGUCUCAGGAUAACAAUUCUGCUGAUCCUAAGAAUAGUAGAAAGUGUAACACUUCUGCUAUUUCGAAAAGGGUUAACUCUAAUGAAAUGAAACGUAAGGUGGAUCAAGAUACUCAAAAGUUUGAGACUAAUCAGACCAAGGUAAAAUCUGCAAGCAAGAACAACUUAAAAGGCGAACAGGGACCUGGAAAAGUUGUGGCCGAUGCCAAAAAAGGUGUCACUGGUUCUAGUAAUAAAGCAAUGGUAAAUGAUAGAAAGAGUACUGGCAUUGGUGUUGUUUCUUCUAAAAUUGAAAUGCAUAAAAUGAAACUGAUGGAUAAUAAGGUGAGAGAUUGUGACAGAGGUUUACUGAAAAGAAAAAAAUUACAAUUGAAGCUUUAUGGAAUAGAUCCAACUGAUGGGCCUCCCCUUAAUAAGGAUACAGUAAAUGCUGACCUUUACCAUGUUAAAAAGAGUGCAAAUGAGGUUAAAGUAAAGGAAAAACCAAGUGGCAAUAAAGUUGUUUAUCAGUUGUCUGCUGUGCCAUGCGUAAAAGAUGCUCCAGGCACAUUUCCUGUUGCUGAAAAUAAACCCACUUCUGAGAUGGUUCUGUCGGCAGCAGCAGCACCUCAACUUAUUGAAGAAGAUUGGGUUUGCUGUGACAGUUGCCAGAAAUGGCGGCUUCUACCUAUGGGUUUAAAGCCAGAGCAGCUUCCAGAGAAAUGGUUGUGUAGCAUGCUAUAUUGGCUGCCUGGAAUGAAUCGGUGUAACAUCAGCGAGGAGGAGACAACAAAAUCACUUUAUGCUUUAUAUCAAAUGCCGAUUUCUGAGGGUCAAAAUAACAUGCAAAGCCAUGUCACUGGACCCGAAAUUGGAGUGAAGUCUGUUGAUACUCUACAACUUUUCCAUGUUGACAAAAAGUCCAGUUCUGAUGUAAUGCUUGACCGGGGAAACAAGAAACAUGGUAUUAAUGAAAAGGCAAAGCCAGGACUCAACAUUGACAGGCCUCAGUUGUCAAAUACAGUAAAGAAUGGUCAACAGUCAAAUGUUAAAAAUAGAAGCUUGAAUGACAUGAAUCAGCGGUCUGCAGACUCAAACCGUAUGAAGAAAUCUAAUUCUCAAUAUUUGAACAGGUUGAACAAUUUGAUAGAAGAUAAAAAAGCGCUUAAGGCAAAAGAAUAUCAAAUUAAUGGAGGUGACAAACAGGUUAGAUUGAAGCGUAAGAUGGAGGAUAAUCAACAUGGAUCUGGAACUCAUAAGAAAUCUAAGAUUGAAGUUGUUGGCAAUGCUGAUAAACAUCUGAAACACGGUAUGGACUAUAAAAAGGUGGGUCUAAACUCAAGAAAUGACUUACCAACAAAGGCUAGUGGGGAAAAUACGACGAAAUAUGAUGAUUAUUGUUCGUCUGAUGAUAACAAGUUUGUAGUUCCGGUAAAGAAGGGAGAUCGGGCACAGUUUUCAUCUGAUGAUGGUUCGUUGGAUGCUACAAAUAGUAGGCAAAGUGGUUCGGUCAAAGAAAGAAAAAUGAGUGAUUGGCGGGAUAAUGAGAAACAUAACAAAACAUUGUAUAUGGAAGGUGACAUGCAUCGUGUUAAAAACAUCAAUGUAAAUAAGAAACAGAAGAAGUAUACAGUUUUGAAUACAGAGGCAAAACCAGUAAUUGAAAGUGAUGACGAAUUUAUUAAAGAAAGUGAGAUGAAGCGUGCUUUCUUGCCAGACAGCAGGGACAAAAUGUCUACUGGGACAGAGGUGAAAAGUGAUAUCAAUAUGGCCCACCAGCCUAGAAAGCACAAAAAAAAUGUUGCUUCUUACCAAGCUUUGGAUUGUUUUGAUACAUCGGGUGGGGAUUUAGGCUCUGGAAAAUUUUCAUUGGCAGCAACUUCAAGUUCUUCUAAGGUUUCUGGGUCUCACGAAGCUAGAACUAAGCUUGAAAAGGCCAUAGGCUCACCAGUAGAAUCUGUUACCUCAUCACCUUUGAGGACUUCCAACAUCGAGAAAUGUACUUUUGCUGCAGGGUUGGACACAUCAGAAAAAGAUGAUGCUAGAAAAGGUGGUUUAUCAAUAAAAAAAUUAGAUAGUAGGGAGAAAAAGUUAUCAGUAAAAAAGGAGAGAGUUUCAAAUGACAUACAUCUUGCACGUGUUAAUUGUGGCAGUGGUUCACAUCAUGAAGAGAAAAUGAACAAGAGUAAUAAGGAAAAUGCACUUUCUUGGCAGAAAUCUGGUAGGCUCACAUCAUUACGGGUCAAGCAAAAGGUUAGAACUUCUGGUUCUGAGGUGAGUAGGGAUAAGAUGAAGGUUUCAGUAUCAGCUAAUGAUUUUUCCAAAAAUGGUCUGAGUUAUGAGUCAGCAGUUCAUCCUAAUAAUCACACUUCUGGUACUGAGACAAGUCAUGAUGUUAAGAACGUCUUUCUGAAGUCUAAACACAAUAUUGACAACCUUAGCAAGCAAAAUCCUUCAAGGGAUUGGUCAGAUGAAACUGGAAAACAAACUGAGCCAAAACAAAAUGAUUUUGGGAAUCCAAUUUUGAAAAGGGAAACUUUACAUUUGGGUUCUAGAACUGCACCCAAAUCGCAAAAAGGAGAUAUGUCUAUUGGGCAUCCGGUCCAUGCAUCUGGCAACGGUGAUGUUCCUAGGCUUGUGAGAAAUGCAGUUGAUGUUAGUUGCAAGGCUGGAGUUGAUCACAGUUCAGGAAGUUUAGUACCUGACAGACAGCUCAGUGGGUCAAGUCCCGUGACAACAAAUUCUAGCCAAACUGCCUCUGGCAUUCUGGAAGAAGCCACAAAGCUAAAGGAUUCUGCAGAUCAUUAUAAGAACUCUGGUUUUGAGUUUGAAAGUAACGAGACUUAUUUUAAAGCUGCCUUAAAGUUUCUGCACGGAGCAUCACUUAUAGAAAAAUCCCACAGUGAAAUUAGCAAGCAGGGAGAGAUGAAUCAAAUGCAAAUUUAUGCUGCUACAGCUAAACUUUUUGAAUCCUGUGCCCAUAAAUAUGAAAGACGCCAAGAAAUGGCCGCAGCUUCCUUGGCCUAUAAAUGCAUGGAGGUGGUAUACAUGAGAUUGGUUUACAAUAAACAUUCCACCAUAAACAGGGAUCGUGAUGAGUUAAAAUCAAUUCUACAAAUGGUUUCUCAAGGUGAAUCUCCUUCGUCUUCUGCAUCUGAUAUUGAUAAUUUAAAUAACGUGGGGGCAGUGGAUAGGACUACUUUGACAAGGGGUUCUAGUACUCUUGCUGCUAACAAUCAAGUCAUAUCUGCUCAGAAUCGCCCAAAUAUUAUCAGGCUUCUUGAUUUUACUCAAGACAUAAAUUUUGCAAUGGAAGCUUCCAGAAAAUGCAAGAGCAGUUUCAUGGCUGCUAAUUUGAACAUGGAUGAAGCACGGAAUAGGGAUUGCCUAACUUCGAUUAGGAAGGUUAUUGAUUUCAGCUUCCAAGAUGUAGAUGAGCUUGUACAUCUGGUGAUGAUAGCAACAAAAGCAAUAACUCGAGCUGGUCUUGGUGGUGUUAGAGAUUAACUUGAUACUGUAUAUAAUACUUUUUUGGGUUUCUCUGAGAGAAGGUGCCCUGAAAGGACGUGGCUUAAGGAUAUCUACAUACGAAAGCUGGCACCUGGAAACCUGCUAAAUAUGUUACCCUUGUGUACAUGUGUACAAAUGAGAUCAUUAGCAAAUUUUGGAAUCUAUUUUUAAUAGCUCAAGUUCUUAUUGUGAAUAGGAUCAGAAUUUUCUCACCCUUAAAUUUUAUGGGUUAGAUAGAACGUAGUGACUCCUUCUUAUUAAGUGACUGAGGAUGGAUAUCAUGUAAUUGUUCAGUGCUACAUUCUUUGCUCCACUGAUUUGGAGCCACAGGAAAAAACAAAUAAAACCGUGAAAUGUUAGCCAACCAGUUUUU